CUAAUCCCCGAGGUUUCCUGGAGCAGCAGGGAUUAUUGUCUUUUUAUUCCAGAGUCAAUGCAGCCUUUGUGUCGGCUCCCAGCGAUUCCCAAACUGACCCCAGAUGCCUUUCUCUAGACACACUCCCCGCCGUGCGAGAGGUGAUGGAGUUUUACCUGGAGAUCGACCCUGUCACCUUGAACCUCAUUAUCCUAGUUGCGAGCUACGUCAUCUUACUCUUGGUGUUCCUCAUCUCCUGCGUGCUGUACGACUGCCGAGGCAAGGAUCCCAGUAAGGAGUAUGCCCCGGAGACCACACUGAAUGCCCAGCCGUCAAUCCGAGUGGUGGUGACACAGCACAAUGCUCAUGGGUCCUGGACAAGGGGACCCAGCCUUCACUUUAAAGGUCCUGCUCCAAUAGGGAAGAAGAGUACCGUGGUGUGAGACUGGGGAGAGAUGUAAGAGAGAGACCAAGAGAUGCAGCAGAAAACAGCUGUUCCUACUGUGGCUCCGGUUCUCCCCCAAUGCGGGUCCUGAUUGGAUGAGGAAACUGAGGCUUUGUCGUCCGAUCUGCACUCUGGUCACUCUCUUUGUGAGUUAAGCAACUGUUUGAGGUCUGCUUGGUGGUAUACUGAACCUUUCUUCCCGUGAGGACCUGUGUGGAGUGCAAAGAAGUAAGUGUGCCGUGAGCCCCUGCUCUCCGACCGCUGACCUAUGCUGUCUGACAGGAAGAAGAAGAGUCACGCAUGACCCAGGCAAUGAGCGGAAAGAGCAUUUGUGCAUACUCUGCCAGAGUCUGUACAGACUGUGGGACUGGAGAAGGUGUUUGCUGUCUCAUCGACUCCGGCAUCCAAGAAAGGUGAUUCGACUUGUAAGAUAAAUGGCUUUUAUUGCUAGGGAGUGAAAGUGUCUUGGGACCACGGGAGGAGGGAUUUUAUGUAUAAGGAAUGGCUAAGACAAAGCUCAGAAGCGAAAACAUUAUAGAAGCCGUUGACUGUGGCAGUCUUGUGUCUUCCGAAACUAUGGGGAAAAAAAAAAUCGAGAAACUGAAUUACAGUUUCUGCUGUGAGGGGAGAGGAGAGCCUAGCCCAUGCUGCCCUGCCAGAUUCAGUCUGAGUCUCGUUUUGUCUUUACAUUGCUAAAGUAGCUGUAAAAUGUAUGGAGACAAAUUGCUACCCUUACAUACAUAUUUUGAAAAUUAUGUUGAAAAUAUACAGAUUUUUCUGAUGUCUGGUCAAAUAGUAAUCUCCAUUCUUAAGCUGUAAAUGUAAAACAUGACUGUAUGGUAUAGAAAACUCACACGCUAUUCUCGAAAUUCCUCUUUUCGUGCUGAUGUUCUUCUUUCUGUACCCUUUGUCAGUGGAUGCAAAAUAUAUUACUGAA